AUAGCACAAGACAAAGAAGAAAACAAAACUUGCAAUGAUCAUCAAAAAGAAAAAAAACACAAAAGCAUAUCUUAUUUUAGAAACCUCAUUGUAAUUGUAAAUCUUUGUUCCUCUUCAUUCAUGUCUUUGAACAUGAUGUUUCUUCUUCUAAGCCAUGUUCUUAUUCUACAGACUUUUCUAAUACCAACUUUCUAUUGCCAAACAAAUUCACCUCAAAACAUUGAAACUUUGUAUCCUAUUGAAAUUCCAGAACAAGCCACAAUAACACAACCUCCUAAUCCACAAGAAUCACCACCACCAUCACCAUCAUCAUCACAAGGACCAAUAUCAUCAACAUCAUCAACAAAUUCUUCAACAAAUAGUAAGAUAGUAACUGCUGUAGCUGCAACUGCAGCAGGAACAUUAGUUCUUUCUGCUCUAAUUUUCUUCUUUGUUAAUAAGUGUUGUAGAGCAAAGAGAAGAAAUGUGAUUGUAAACAAUAACAACACUUCUUCUAGACCAAGUUUAGAACAUAGAAAUGCUGUGCCUCAAGCAAAAGCUUUUGAGAGAAUUGAAGGUAAUAUCAAGGGACUUAUUGUUGAUGAAGAUGGUUUAGAUGUUGUUUAUUGGAGAAAGCUUCAAGAUCAAAAUAUUAACAAGGAUUUGCAAAAGGGUGUUGUUUUGGAUAGUCCUAGAAACAAUGAAGGUUAUGAUCAUGAAGAAAAUCAAGAGGAAAAAUCAGAAUCUAUUCAAGAAAUGCAUUUGCUUAGAGGAAAAUCUUCAACCUCUCACAUGAAUAUUUUUCCACAAGAAGAGUCGUAUACAAUUAUGAAAAUUACUCCUCCUGCUCCUCCUCCUAUUGUUCCUACUACUCAACCAUUUUCUCUAAACCUUCUUCCUUCAUCACCAAAACCACCCUCCACUUCUUUUUCAUCAAUUCCACAAAUUUCAAGUCCUUUAGUGUCAUCAAUUCCAAGUAUAUCUGGUGAUAGAAAGAGUCAAAAACCGCCGCCUCCUCCUCCUCCUCCACCAGUACCUGAUAGAAAAAUCUCAGCACCGCCGCCACCACCUCCUCCACCAAUUCCAAAUAGAAAGAGUCCUUCACCACCACCGCCGCCGCCACCGAAGACAGGUGGAUUGAAAUUGAAGUCAUCAUCAAAACCACCGCCUACCCCUAUUGAAACCACGUCUAUGAAAAAUAAGCAAGGAAGUUCUUCAAGUGAAGUAAAAUUGAAACCAUUGCAUUGGGAUAAGGUGAAUACUAAUCUUGAUCACUCCAUGGUGUGGGACAAAAUCGACCGCGGUUCUUUUAGGGUUGAUGAUGAUCUUAUGGAAGCUCUAUUCGGGUACGUUGCAGCCAAACCAAAGAGUAACACUCCAAAAGGAAAAGAAUCAACAAGUCCAAGCAGGGAUGCAUCAACAAAUGCUUUUAUUCUUGACCCUAGAAAAUCACAAAACACUGCUAUAGUUUUGAAAUCUCUUGCAGUCUCGCGAAAAGAAAUCAUCGAUGCACUUGUUGAUGGUCAAGGCCUUAAUGCAGAUACAAUUGAAAAGCUGUCUAGAAUAGCUCCAACAGAAGAAGAGCAAUCCAACAUACUUGAAUAUGAAGGAGACACAGAAAAACUUGCAGCAGCAGAAUCUUUCUUAUACCACAUCCUCAAAGCUGUUCCUUCGGCAUUUAAGCGCUUAAAUGCGAUUCUAUUCAGGUUGAAUUAUGACGCCGAAAUUGUAGAAAUUAAGGAGUUUCUACAGACACUUGAGCUCGGGUGUAAGGAGCUUCGAAACCAAGGAGUUUUUGUGAAGCUUCUUGAAGCAGUUCUUAAGGCCGGAAACCGCAUGAAUGCAGGUACUAAUAGAGGCAAUGCUCAAGCUUUCAACUUGGUUUCUUUAAGGAAGCUUUCUGAUGUUAAGAGCACUGAUGGAAAAACUACAUUGCUUCACUUUGUUGUUGAAGAAGUAGUUCGUUCCGAAGGAAAACGCGCGGUUCUUAACCGAAAUCAUAGUUUGAGUCGUAGUAGCAGUAAUAGGAGCAGCAGCAGUAGCAGCAGCAGCGGAGACUCUAAGAAUUCUGCUACUUCAAAUGAACAAAAACAAAGGGAAUAUACAACACUAGGAUUAGCAAUUGUAGGAGGGGUCAGUUCCGAGUUUUCCAAUGUAAAGAAAGUUGCUCUAACAGAUUACAAUAGCUUUGUUGGUUCUAUCUCAGCACUCUCAGCAAGGAUAGUUGAUAUUCGACAACUAGUUUUGCAGUGUGGAAAUAAUGGUAAAGGAGGAAAGUUUGUGAGAGAGAUGAACCACUUUCUUGAAAAUGCUGAGAAGGAAUUGCAAUUGGUGAGGGAAGAACAAACAAGGAUAAUGCAGCUUGUUAAGAGAACAACAGAAUAUUAUCAAGGAGGAGCUUCAAAAGACGGUGCAGGAGAACAGACUCUUUAUCUAUUUGUGAUAGUGAAGGAUUUUCUCGGAAUGGUUGAUCAAGCCUGUAUCGAGAUUGCUCGUAACAUGCAGAAAAAGAAGACACCUAAGACAAAGUUUUGAAAAAAAAGUCUACGUCUGCAAUUUUUCCAUGACGUGAACACUUCUCAUAUCUCUGUGACUUCAAUGUAAUUGAUGCUAUAUAAGUCGUAUUUGCCUGCGAUUUUCCACAACAGCAGUAACUGCAACCCGCCAGCAACCACUGAUUUAAAACCUUGUACGACAGAUUGAGGGUAGAAGUCAGCAGAGGCCCUAGCACAAAGGACUUUCUGAAGUUUCAAACCUGCUGGAACAUAGCAUGUCAGAGAAUUCUAGGGUUGGCUUACCUGAUUCAACUUUCACCAAUUGGACUGUUUACAAAAAGGAUUCUGAAAGUCAAGUUUAAAAUGAUGAGAUUAUGAUGUUACAUUCAAAUUCUGCAUGAGAUAGAUAACAUGGAUGCUUGUACCCAAAACAGUGUUGCAAAACAUUGAAGCUUCUGAAAUCAGUGAGAGCAGGUAUGCUUCUGCGAUGACAGGUCCAAUUUCUGUCUUACAAAUUCGGAAGCUAAUAGGUCAUUUUCCUUGUGAUGUUGUCAUUUUUUCAACGUCCAAAUGUACGUGUUACUUGUAUAGAGAACUAUUGUUCAUGAGCAUUUUUGAAGUUUAGUAUACAGAUGUAUUCUUUUGGCAUUAACCUUCUUGCUUUCUAUUUGUAUUUGUAGCAUUCCAAUGCAAGAAUUAUGUUAGAAUUCUUAAUUUACUUUGAAAAGAUUCCACCA